UAUUCAAAUGAAUGAAGAAACGAAUCCUUGUUGUGGUGGCGACAAAUCUGAAGUUUAUUCUACUUCGGCCACGACACUACACGAGGGCGCAAAAACUUGCAAGGAAACUGCCGCUGAACCUCAAAUGAGAGAUUCAAAUGGACAUAAAAACAUGCAUAACAACAACAUGAAAUCAGCCCUAACGAGCAGCGUCAUCUUGAAGCCAAGAUUCAGAGACAUGAAUCAGCCAGAGGUUGCGUCAGCGCUGAUGCUAGCAUCGUCAGAGCGUCACGGUGAGACGUGCAAGGCAUCUGUCAGAGACGAUAGCCAACAAGACACAAGAGAAAAAUAUGCCCAAAAAUAUCCACAGGCUGAAAAAGAAGCUCGGGCAGAGAAAAAAACAAACUUUUCUCAUGAGCCACGCGAGUAUGAUUCAUCCGGAGAAAAUAAUCGGAUUGAGCCUGAUGGUGAAAACUCUAAACAACAUCAAAAGUUUAUCAAUACACGGCAACAACAUAUUAAUAACCAGGUUUUCGAUCUAAGUUUCUACAAAAAGUUUGUUAAUGAAUCUAAAGCGAACGUCUCCGGAAAAUGUGAUCGAAAUGAUGUUGAAUCAGAACAAAAGGUAAAUAUGGAUACUGCAUCUAGAGAUUGUGUUAACAAAUUUAAUAAUGCAACCGAAACUUGCAUAAUUAAGUUUCCAAAUGAAGCCCCAUAUAAUACAAUUAAAAUGGUCCAGAAAAGAAUUAUGCCACCCGAGAGCGCUAAAAUGGUAACCAAAGAUGUUUAUCCAUCGCAAAUAAUAUCAAAUAAACCGAAAAAGAUUAUUAAAAGAAUCAUUAAGAAAAUAAAAAUGGGUAGCUCUAACAGAGAAGCCGAAUCAUUUAAAAAUGUAAAAAACAUUUCGUCAGGCUCAGUGGGAAAUGAUGAUAUCAUCAAACUGAACAUCACUGAUGCAUCGCUUGAAAAAAAUAACAAUUCCUAUGUAAGUAUGUUUUCCACGAGCUUGGGGUAUGUGAAAAAUAUCUGUGAACACGACUCAAAGUCAUGUGAUGGAAGUUCAGCUUUACCGGAGCCAUUGCAACACAAAUUUGAAGGGUUGCAUGGAGAUAAAACGAAUGUAAGAAAUUUGAAAAAUUUCGAAAAUUCGGAGGAAAAGGCCGUAGAUGUUCGAGCUAAUGUCUACAAACAGAAGGAUGAACAUCAACAGGAAAAUUGUACAGUGAGUUCUAAACCUGAUCAAAAUUUUUGGACAGACCGAGUUUUGAAAUUAACAGAAAAAACGGUGACCAAGUACCACGGAGAACCCAAUUCCAGCGGAAUGGCGACGACGGAAUUCAUUAUCCCUCCUCAACGCAAAGUCAUUUGGCCUCGGCGAAUUGAACCGACGGGGCUUAAGGCCAUUCCUCCCUGGGCCGAACGGGACGCUCAGCCUCCCCCACCUCCGGUAAACCACUACACCUCCUCAUCCACACCUCCCCGUCGGCGCCUCAUACCUUGCACUAAUGAUGACCAGUUGAGUAAGCAGGCAGGAAUGUCCAAGUCAGAGACUCAAAUAAACAACCUAAAUACAACGCGUUCUGAUGUAGCUUCUUCUUCAGGAAGAGUGAAUGAUUUUAUGUGCAUUGAGUCGCGUAACUCCUGUGCAUUGGCUUCGCCUUCUGCGAGAACUGCCGCUACAACAACAAGUGACGCUACAGCAGCAAGUGCCACUACAGAAACUAGUGCCACAACUCGUCGCCAAGUGGAUGUCAAUCCACUUAACGAAAGAGCCACCUGCGGGAGUGAAACUCUAAAAUUAGAGGCACAAAUUACAGCUGGUGGUGCAGGGGAAGCUUGGCCAGCAGCCAAGUCUUCAGGUGGCAGUUCUUAUUGUGGGGACAGCACCACAGGUGGCAGUCAGUCGUCCACUUCUGCUCUGCGGGACCAGGCAGCGAGGAAGAAAAGCGACGUGAUUUUGCAGGCUGAAAUGGUCACAGUGAAGUCGGGUAACGCCAGCACCAAUACAUCGAGUGAUAAAAUGGGUGAAGGUCUCAUAGGAGGGGCAGCUUCUUCCAAGUGGGUUGCUGGAAAAAGAAUUUCUGGCGGCGGUGGGACUGUCGGUGUGAUCCGGCAAGAUGAUUCGUGGAGAAAGGAAGGAUCAGUUAAGGCUGCUCAGAUGCCUCCAUCACCGCGCUUGGACAACCGAAAACAAAAGAAAGAACUUGCUAGCUCUAAGCCGGUAGUGCAACAACCAACAAUUGCCGAGCAGGACGGCGAGCUUCCCGAGGCUCCUUGGAGAAAAUCUCCCAAGCACGCAAGAAAGACGGUACCUGUCCAAGCCACGGACGCCGUCCCUAUCGUGCCUGAAAAUCUACCUGACACUUCAAAUGUUAAUCCGAAAUGCAGUUCAAGUGCAGACACUAUAAUCCAAGGAAGUGAACAUUUCCAGAUUUCAGAGUCAGAGACCACAACAGUGGAAAGUACUUUGGUCUCAUCCCUAGAACAACGUGCAGUAACCGAAUUUACUUCAGCGUCUGAGCUAUCAUCUAGUAUGACCUCAAAAAAUAUCUCUAAUCAAAUCCCUCCUAAUCCAGCAAACCUUCCACCCCAUGCUCCGAUACAGCAUAAGAAAAUAUCAGGUUCCCCAAGAGGCUCUCCUAAAAACAGUCCAAUUUUACCCCGUCGAGGUGCUCAAACCACACCACCACCGACUCCCCCUGCGUCCUCAAAACCAUCUGGGUUGUCAGAAUCUCCGCCUUUGAUGAUCUCCGUAGGCGCAGAUGAAGCUCUUAGUGUUGGCAGCCACCCCAUGGUCGGUUCUGAGUCACUCGAAGCAGUAUGCAGUCAGGGGUCGACGAGUUCUGACAGCCUUGCUACUUUAGACCAAAGUCGUCCAAUUGUUUUGCGCAACACUGUGGUGCCUCUUCCUGAAACUCCUUUGGAAACACGGAGUGAAAUCGCAGAACAACCUUUAGCCUCGUUGCCUGAGUCUCUGAACGAUAAAUUUAUGAAUAACGAUACGAUUGCCUGCACCGACACCUCAAACGAAAAAAGAGAUGCUGUUGAAAACGUAGCUGAUACGGAAGCUGAUCAGUUAACUACACUAGCUUUUCAUCCUCAGUUAUCUAAUCUACCUCCGCCCCCUCCGCCACCGAUAGGUUCUGUUGAGGAAGACGAAUCUCUGUUUACUUCUUUCCCAGCUCCUCCUCCUCCUCCUCACCCUGCCUUUCUGACUGAAAACCCAAAAAUUCCUAAAGCUAUUUUGCCAGAAACUGAAGACUACGUGCCUUUGCCCGUAACUUCUCGAAUCAAGUGCUUUGAAUCUCAAAGUUCGUUUGAGCAAGAGAUGCAGGAGGAGAGGCCUUACCAAGAAAUCAAGCCAGUGGGACCCUGGGUCAAAAAAACCUCAGCUGGGCCUGUAUCCAAACCCGAAGGAUGGCAGUUGUCCCCAGAAGCUGAAAACCAAUCCUGGCCUCCACCGCAGCAAGAAGUUAAACUAAAACCAGAAUUCUACUACGAAAUGGCCUCGACAACUCCAGCGCUGCAACCACCCUCUGAAUUCGACUCAUCGUUGCCGCCUGCUCCAAAACCACACGUGUACCAACCUCACCAUUACCAAUCACCUGCUCAGCUGCAGCAAAUCAAAGAGCAACAAAGAUCACCACAAUUGAAGAGGGCAUCUAAGCAGCAACCAUCACCUCAACCUCAGAGGAAGCUGCAGCAACAACCUCCUAAACUGAAGCCGUUGCCCGAAACAUCUCUCCUCCAGCAGAUCCAUCAGAAGAAGUUCUCGGAAGACGGAGGGUCUUCUCGAGACGGCACUCAAGAUUAUCAGGGCGGCCCUCGACCCAGGGCCCGCACAGGCAGCACCUCCGAGCAAAUCAACCUUCACUACAGCCAAGCCCAACUCAUCGAGGGCGGGGCUGCAUCCCUCCUCCCCGACGGAGGCUUGACCCCCGACGAUAGCGAAGAACCCCUGUUCGACCCAUGGUGUGACCCCAAGAACCCCAGGGUCAUCCAAUUCCAGGACGUAUCGGCGGCGGCCUUCAAGAUCAAGUCUGGCAUCAUGAACACUCCGUGCACUCGCAGCAAUAUGUCCGCCACGACCGGCGUCGAGAUAUUCUUUAAGAAGGAAUUCAACCAACACACAGGCAGCUUCAAGGUCAUGCCCCUGGUGGCACCCAUCAUGAAGGUGCAGGCCUCUACUAUUACCCACUCACCCCUCCCCCCGCCCCUAGGUCAUGACCCUGGUAGCCCCCAUCAUGAAGGUGCAGGCCUCUACUAUUGCCCACUCACCCCUCCUCCCGCCCCCAGGUCAUGCCCCUGGUGGCACCCAUCAUGA